GGAGCCAUAUGACCCCGCCGUUGCCGCCGCUCGCCGCGGCUCCCGCCUGCGCGCGCACGCUGGCCGACCUCCUAGUUGCGCUCUCAGCCGCCCGCGCGCUCCCCAAGGGCCAGCAGCUCCAUGGCCAUCUUCUCAAGGGCGGCCAUCUCCCCGCCGUCGCCUCCUCGCAUGCGCUGCUCGCCCACCACCUCCUCACCUUCUACGCCCGCUGCUCGCUCCCCGAACUUUCCCUCCGCGCCUUCCUCGAUCUCCCCGCUGCCCCCUCCCCCGCCGCAUGGUCCUCCCUCAUAUCCUCCUUCGCCCAGAACGGCCUCCCCGCCGCAGCCUUUGACGCCUUCCGCCGCAUGCUCGCGGCCGGGGUCCCCGCCACCGACCGCUCCAUCCCCCCCGCUGCCAAGGCCGUCGCAGCUGCCGCGGACUCCUCGCGCCCUCCGCUUGCCCCGCAUGCCCUCCAUGGCCUUGCCUCCAAGACGCCGUUCGCGGGCGACGUGUUCGUGGGCUCGGCGGUUCUUGACAUGUAUGCCAAGUGCGGGAACCUUGCGGACGCCCGCCGGGUGUUCGACGAAAUGCCGGAGCGGAAUGUUGUCUCGUGGUCUGCCCUCAUUGGUGGCUACGCGGAUGCUGGGAUGCAUCCUGCAGCGCUCUGCAUCUUCCGCUCGGCACUGGAGGAGGCUGUGCAGGUCAAUGACUUCACAGUUUCGUGCAUUGUUCGUGUGUGUGCUGCAGCCACACUCUUUGAGCUUGGGGCUCAGGUGCAUGCCCGGUCUAUAAAGACAGCACUUGAUGCAUCGCCGUUUGUGGGCAGCUCGCUUGUUUCUCUGUACUCCAAGUGUGGCCUUGUGGAUUGUGCUUACCGGGUGUUUAGUGCAGCACCUGAGAGAAACCUUGGGAUUUGGAACGCAGUGCUCAUUGCAUCUGCACAGCAUGGCCAUACUUCCACAGCAUUUGAACGUUUCACAAAGAUGCAGAAUGCCGGGUUCCGUCCUAACUUCAUUACCUUCCUGUGUUUACUCACAGCAUGUAGCCACGCUGGUCUUGUCGAUGAGGGGAAGCGAUAUUUUUCCCUCAUGAAAGAAUAUAGAAUUGAACCGCAGGUUGAACAUUAUGCUGCAAUGGUUGACCUACUUGGUCGUGUAGGACGUAUAACUGAAGCACUGGACCUUAUUGAGUCAAUGCCCAUGGAACCACCUGACUCUGUUUGGGGUGCACUCCUAAUGGCAUGUCGCAUGUUCAAGGAUGUAGACACUGCGGCAAUUGCUGCAAAGAGACUGUUUGAGACAGGGUCUCGCAGCUCUGGUGCACACAUGCUCUUGUCAAGCACGUAUGCAGCUGCGGGAAGGCAUGUCGAUGCAGCACUUGCAAGGAAGGCAAUGCGUGAUGCAGGUAUACGGAAAGAGACUGGUCUUAGCUGGCUUGAGGCUGCAGGAGAGGUGCAUACCUUUGUUUCAAACUGCAGGAGACAUCCAAGAAGCAACGAAAUUUAUAAUGUGCUGGAGAAAGUUGGUAAGAAAAUGGCGGCAGCUGGUUAUGUGGCAGACACUAGUGCAGUAGUUAAGGAUGUGGACAGAAAUGAGAAGUGCGCAUCACUGGGGUAUCACAGCGAAAGGCUAGCAAUAGGGUUAGGGCUCUUGAUUGUUCCGGAAGGUGUGCCAAUCCGAGUUAUGAAGAACUUAAGAGUGUGUGAUGAUUGUCACAAUGCAGUUAAGUAUCUCAGUAAGUGUACAGGAAGAGUUGUGGUUCUCAGGGAUAACCGUCGAUUCCACCGGUUUGAAGAUGGGUUGUGCUCUUGUGGGGAUUUCUGGUGAUCUACACCAUUCUCUUUCCUAUUGCCCUUAUUGGGCAGUUUGGCUCA